GAUUAGGAGGCGGGGGCAUGAGUCAGGGGUUUGCAAGCUGCCCCCGGGCGCCGGAGCAAGGACCUGGUGCUGUUAGAGCUGGUGUGAGCUCAGCUGGUCGCAGAGGGCACCUGCAGCUGCAGGACUUCACUGAGGGACCCUGACACUUGGACCCGCCCUGCGGGUUAUGCUGGGGGCUUGGAGCUCCGUGACAACUGGACAGCGCCAUGGGGGAUCUGCAGGAGGACUAUGAAGAGGUGCUGGAGGAGAUUCUGGAGCAGGAGGAAUAUGAAGACCCAGGGAUCCCGGUGCCCCAAGUGGAGGAGCCGACAGCUCACCCCACCGAGCCAACGGCCACAGACUACCAAACCACAUCGCAACCAGGCACCCACGAGGUCUACGUGGAGCUGCAGGAACUCGUGAUGGACGAGAAGAACCAGGAGCUGCGAUGGAUGGAGGCAGCUCGCUGGGUGCGCCUGGAAGAGAACCUGGGGGAGGACGGGACCUGGGGCCGCCCACACCUGUCCUACCUCACCUUCUGGAGCCUUCUAGAGCUGCAGAGGGUCUUCUCCAAGGGCACCGUCCUCUUGGACCUGCAGGAGACCUCUCUGGCCGGGGUGGCCAACCAGUUGCUGGACAGGCUUAUCUACGAGGAGCAGAUCCGGCCCCAGGACCGAGAGGAGCUGCUGCGGGCUCUGCUGCUCAGACACAGCCACGCUGGAGAGCUGGAGGCCCUGGGGGGUGUGAAGCCUGCAGUCCUGACACGCUCUGGGGACCCCUCGCAGCCUCUGCUCCCCCAACACCCCUCACUGGAGAGGCAGCUCUUCUGUGAGCAGGGAGAGGAAGGGCGCUCACCGUCUGGAAUUCUGGAAAAGAUUCCCCCGGAUUCAGAGGCUACCCUGGUGCUAGUGGGCCGCGCUGCCUUCCUGGAGCACCCGGUGCUGGGCUUCGUGCGGCUGCAGGAGGCCGCGGAGCUGGAGGCCGUGGAGCUGCCCGUGCCCGUGCGCUUCCUCUUCGUGUUGCUGGGGCCCGAGGCCCCGCACACCGACUACACGCAGCUCGGUCGGGCGGCCGCCACCCUCAUGUCAGAGAGGGUGUUCCGCACAGAUGCCUACCUGGCCCAGAGCCAGGGGGAGCUGGUGCGCUCCCUGGAGGGCUUUCUGGACUGCAGCCUGGUGCUGCCUCCCACGGACGUCCCCUCUGAGCAGGCCCUGCUCAGUCUGGUGCCCGUGCAGAGAGAGCUGCUUCGGAGGCGCUACCUGACCAGUGCUGCCAAGCCGGACCCCAGCUUCUACAAGGGCCUAGACUUGAAUGGGGGCCUACGGGAACCCGGUGGCCCAGAUGACCCUCUGAAGCGGACAGGCCGGCUCUUUGGGGGCCUGGUGCGUGACAUCCGGCGCCGCUACCCGCACUACCUGAGCGACAUCACAGACGCUCUCAGCCCCCAGGUCCUGGCUGCUGUCAUCUUCAUCUACUUUGCUGCCCUGUCACCUGCCAUCACCUUCGGUGGCCUCCUGGGAGAAAAGACCCGGAACCAGAUGGGGGUGUCGGAGCUGCUCAUCUCCACCGCGGUGCAGGGCAUUCUCUUCUCCCUACUGAGCGCUCAGCCCCUGCUCGUGGUCGGCUUCUCGGGGCCCCUGCUGGUGUUUGAGGAAGCCUUCUUCUCGUUCUGCGAGAGCAACGGCCUGGAGUACAUCGUGGGCCGUGCGUGGAUCGGCUUCUGGCUCAUCCUGCUGGUGGUGCUGGUGGUGGCCUUCGAGGGCAGCUUCCUCGUCCGCUUCAUCUCCCGCUACACUCAGGAGAUCUUCUCCUUCCUCAUCUCCCUCAUCUUCAUCUACGAGACCUUCUCCAAGCUGAUCAAGAUCUUCCAGGAUCACCCACUGCAGAAGGAUUAUGACCACAAUGUGGUGAUAGUGCCUAAACCUCAGGCCCCCCUGCCCAAUACAGCCCUCCUCUCCCUGGUGCUCAUGGCCGGCACCUUCUUCUUCGCCAUGAUGCUGCGCAAGUUCAAAAACAGCUCCUACUUCCCUGGCAAGCUACGUCGGGUCAUUGGGGACUUCGGGGUCCCCAUCUCCAUCCUGAUCAUGGUCCUGGUGGAUUCCUUCAUCCAGGACACCUACACACAGAAACUCUCGGUGCCCAGUGGCCUCACAGUGUCCAACUCCUCAGCCCGGGGCUGGGUCAUCCACCCGCUGGGCUUGUUCACCAAUUUCCCUCUGUGGAUGAUGUUCGCCUCCGCUCUGCCUGCUCUGCUGGUCUUCAUCCUCAUCUUCCUCGAGUCCCAGAUCACCACGCUGAUUGUCAGCAAACCCGAGCGCAAGAUGGUCAAGGGCUCUGGCUUCCACCUGGACCUGCUGCUGGUCGUAGGCAUGGGCGGGGUGGCUGCUCUCUUUGGGAUGCCCUGGCUGAGCGCCACCACUGUGCGCUCUGUCACCCACGCCAACGCCCUCACCGUCAUGGGCAAGGCCAGCACUCCAGGGGCUGCAGCGCAGAUCCAGGAGGUCAAGGAGCAGCGGAUCAGUGGGCUCCUGGUCUCUGUGCUUGUGGGCCUGUCCAUCCUCAUGGAGCCCAUCCUGUCCCGCAUCCCUCUGGCUGUGCUGUUCGGCAUCUUCCUCUACAUGGGGGUCACGUCCCUCAGCGGCAUCCAGCUCUUUGACCGCAUCUUGCUUCUGCUCAAGCCGCCCAAGUACCACCCGGAUGUACCCUAUGUCAAGAGGGUGAAGACCUGGCGCAUGCACUUGUUCACGGGCAUCCAGAUCAUCUGCCUGGCAGUGCUGUGGGUGGUGAAAUCCACGCCUGCCUCGCUGGCCCUGCCCUUCGUGCUCAUCCUCACGGUGCCCCUGCGGCGCCUCCUGCUGCCGCUCAUCUUCAGGAACCUGGAGCUACAGUGUCUGGAUGCCGAUGAUGCCAAGGCCACCUUUGAUGAGGAGGAAGGUCAUGAUGAAUACGACGAAGUGCCCAUGCCUGUGUGAGGGGCAGGUCCAGGCCCCAGACCACCCCCACUUCCACUUCCCCACCCUCCCAGGAGAAGCAGUUCGUGGGCAUCUCAUGGACUCCUAAGUCCCUCCUGGGACAGCAGCCGGGGUCCCAGGGCUGUGGGUAGGGAAGGAAGGGAUGCCUAGGGAACCUCCCCCAAAGGUAAUGUGGCUUUUCUGGCUGGAGAGGCCAUAGGGGCCCCUAGGAGAACUUGCUCUGCUGUCCCUCCUGCUGCCACACUGCCACGUGGGCAUCCCGUGCUGGAAGCCUUGGUCUGAGCCCGACUGCUCAGGGCACAGGGAGGGGCAGAAGCAAAGGUGAGGGGGGGGCAAGUUCCUGCUUGCUGUAGGACUUUGGGUGAGUCCCUUGACCUUUCUAGCCUCUGCUUGCUCAUCUGUAAAAUGGGUAUAUUGAUAAUGAUACCCACAUUACAGAAUGGUUACUUAGGACCGAAGGUAACGUGAAAGGGGGGCUUUGGAAACUCUGGAAGGGCCACUCUCAACAGACACUGUUGUCCACUGAGUCUGCCCGGGGUCAGAGUUCCUGAGUCCUACUGCUAGAAUCUGAACCAGGUCCUCCAACCCCAAGGCCAGCGCUCAAUCCUGUCGGCCAUUCACCUCCCUAUGCUCCCAAAUGCCCCCCACUAUGUCCUGUGUCUGCUUCCACCUCUACCUUGAGACCCUCUUCUCUGGGGCCAGAGGAGUAUCCUGGGAGGGCAAGGUGCAGGUGAAGAUACCACGGGCCUGGGGUGCAGGGCUCCCAAGUGCUUGCUCCUGCCCCCCAAACCCUUAUUCGUUCACUAAUUGGCUCAUUCUGCAAACACUUACUGAGGGCCCUGGACCCUGGAGACAGGACUGAGACAGGACCUUGCCCUGGGAUGGGGAUGAGGGACAACAGUCUGUUCUAGAUUUGAAUUGUGGAGGGAGGGUAGGAAGUUGGGAAGAGACUGCGGAGGGCGGGGGAGGGGAUUGUAAUUUAUUAAUUGUGUAUUUUCUAAGAGCUUUCAUGAUACUUCAGCUUCACGCCUGCCCAGGGCCCCCACUAGAGGCUCACUGCCCCCUACCCCAUCCACACCGAAUCUUGGUUUGGGAUAGGAGACAGUGGGCUUUCCAGUGCAUGUGCAAAUCUAUUUUUUUACAAAACAAAAAUAUAAAAAGAGUUGAAAGAACUGCAAGCGGUGGGAGAUGGGGAGAAACGGAGGGUCAGGGCGUGGGAGGAAACAGUGCUGAGGGCUCCAGAUGGAAGGCUCAGAGGCCUUAGGACUCCAUGUGCUGGGGAGGGAGGGUUCCAGCCAGGCAGAGCUGUGGGUGCCUCCGUCAAUGCAAGGCUCUCGGGACACUCGCCUCCCACCCCUUCACCGUCCCACACCUCAGUUUCCUCAUCUGUAAAGUGGGAUGACCACGGUACCUACCUCGUAGGGUUGUUACAGGAUUAAACGAGAGAGUGCAAGUAAAGCCCUUGCUUGCUUAGUGAGGAACGCUGCUCAGAGGGGGAGCUGCUGGUACCCUUGUCUGGUGGCAAAGUCCCCACCCACUCCCCUUCUUGACAUUGCUAAGGAAAUAUUGCUAAGGAAAGUGAAAUAAAGUUGCCCACUCUGCUAGUGCCCUUCCCCUCCACGCUUGGGAAUAGGUUUUGCCAAUAAACACAUCUGGUUGGAAUGGA